UGAUCUAGUUGUUCAGUCGACAGUGACAUCGUGAUUGGACGAAAUUGAUGUCAGAAGAAUGGAAACCUGGGAACUACUUCCGAUCAACGAAGAAUCUACACGCGGCUCGGAGAGAUUUGUGGACUAAAGCAAUAUCGCCCAUUGUACGAAAUGUACACCACCACCGAAGCAGUACUCGAGAUCUAUUUGAAAUAUCAAUAACAAGGACACUCGUAGACAUCUUAAAACGUUCGUUGGUAUCUGCGUAACAAGGAAGUAUGAGCGAGUUCUGGACAAGUACAACUUAAAAUCAAUAAAAGUGAGUGUAUACUUAUUUCAGACAGUUUAAAUACCCAGCAUUGCUUUUUAUUGAAAGUUUUAUCUCAGUAUAAACACAACCUGUUGAAGUACUCCAGAUUACUGAUUUCGCAACAGAUUGCAUAAAAACGACGCAAUUCAGCAAAUUUUCAAGAUAUCGAAAUAUCAAAAGUGAUCGUUUAUCAACUGUUUGGAAAUAUUGUCCAUAUGUCGUAUUGGGUGCCCUGGUUAUGAUAUGGUGUACGUGAAAACAAUACCGCACCGUCCUCAGAACGCAGACUAUGUCUAAAGCAGCCACAAAGAGUGGUUACGAUCGGGUACCUCUGGUUUCCGGAACUCACUCGGAUUCUGAUGGAGAAAGUGAACCGAUUUCUUACAUAGAAAUCAACAAGAGAUACCGGAACCGGAACCAGCGGAAGCCACUUCUUGCGGCGGGUGUGGUGGUGAUUAUCGUGCUUCUGACGGUUAUACUUGCAAUGUGUUAUGUAUUACUGACACGUUCAAACACCGCCAGUGCAGCCACCACCACGCCGGCUGUAACAGGGACCAUGUCCAAAACACCGGGGCCAUUGGAAGUGAUGACCACCACCAAACGUGCGGAGGAAAGUAACAGACGACAGACUCCGAACUGGGAAGUGACAUUCAGGAACAUGGGUUCGGAGUGUGCUAUGAGGUUGAUCGACAUUGAUGGAGAUGGAUUACAAGACGUAGUUUUUGGUGCCGCGACCACAGCAGAUCUCGCCGCUAUAUCUAACAUUGAUGUGAGCGGAAGCUUGAGAGCUUUUUGUAAUGCAACAGGAAGAACAUACCCAUGUAUCGGAACUUUUAUUGGGAUGAGAGGAUAUGAUGGGAAAGUUCUGUGGAAAAUCCCAACGCGAUCUGGGACCUUACUGAACAACUGUGAAGACUUUGACCUUAAUUUGGACGGACAUAUCGAUUGUGUGGUAGGAGGACGAAGCGCCACCAUGGAAGCUAUAGACGUUAGGAACGGCAAACACAUCUGGGAAGCGACUUCGCCAUUUUUCACAAAAAUUUGGAAUUUCUACCAGGCUAUGGCCCUUCCUGAUUUCAACGGAGACGGCGUGAAAGAGAUAUUGGUUAUGCACGGCGGUAAUCCCAAUAAGGACGCUACUGAUCAUAACCGGGAGUCGGGCCGCUUGAUCAUGCUGGACGGAAAGACCGGCAAAGGAAUGGGGCUCCGCUGCCUGGAGAUGCCCCACAGCAAGGAGAGUUAUCAGAGUCCUGUAGUCUACACAUACAGGGACGGAUCACAGUACAUCCUGUUUGGGAGUGGCGGGGAAACUGUUCCUGGCGACUUUAUGAUGAUAUCGCUGCCGGAUUUUUACCGUUACGUUAUGGGAUUACCAAAAGACACUGCUGUACCCAAUACAAAAGGGUCUUACAACCAAUGGAGUCGCAUCCCGAGGCAAGCUGACACAGGAAUCAUGGUCAUUUUCACGGGUGUAACUAAAGGUGUGAUGGUGCCGCCUUUGAUGACGGAUAUAGACCAUGACGGUGUUGAUGACAUCGUGAUGUCAGCUUAUGACGGAUCAGUGAUGCUGCUGGACGGCAAAACUAUGAAAACGAAGUGGAAAGUGGAGUUCCCUGGCAUGGAAUCAUACAGCACGCCUGCUCCUGGAUAUUUUGAUGACGAUAACGUCUUAGAUUUCAUGGUUCAUUGGAGCACGGGUGCAUGGCCCACGUACAACGCAUCGGAGAAAGUGAUAAUAAGUGGCAAGGACGGAACCAUUCUUUGGCGGGCUGAUAUGAAAAAUUAUGAGAUGUCAUCUGACCUGACGCUGCAGACGACGGAACCGUACCGGGAUCUCUACCUUUACAAAAUGAAAGGAAGGGGUGCACACGUGUACAAGGACCUGACGGGCGAAAUUCACGGCGUAGGAGUCCAAAGAAAUAUUUCCAUUAUUCCAACAAGGAAAUCCACGAUGUCACCUGAUGAAAACGAUGAGAUGGUAUACAAAGAUUUCAUGAAGUUCCAUUUCCAGUGUAACGCUGGUGUAGACAUCAAAUCUGAAAUAUUUGUCAUGGACAGGACGACAGCAGACACGCCGAUGAAGGUCCUGGAAUCCACACCGAUGGAAUUUAACUACCACCCAUCGACGAGUUGGAAGACAGGCGCAAAGAAUAAAAACCUCACGUACUGUGCCGUCUUGAUACCGGAAGACAGAACCACGUCUGCGGUCGGUGAUGUGGACGGGGACGGAAGUCUUGAUAUUGUAGUCUUAGUUAGCCACACAGGACAAAUAGUUGAUCAACACUACAGCUACGACGCCAUGGUUUACCACUCCACCAUACACAAGAUAAACUUGCAACCCAUCAUACAGAACCCAGAAACCAGAACAUCCAUGAAGAUCCACACGACAUUGCCCCUGGACCGUUACCGUCAGGAAAAAGAUGUCUCCCUUCUACACUUGCUUCCGUUACAGAAACAACAAUGGCUAUCGUACUUUGGCACAAAACAAAAUGGUCAUUUCAAAAAUAAAAGAUAACAUUGCUA